GAGAUCCGUAGACCGUAAUCAACCGGACUCACCGCUGGCUCCACGUCUCUAGCCUCUGUGGCAUGGUCCAUGAAUUCGUACCGGAAAAGCUAGCGGUAUGAUAUUUUAUGAUAAAACCGUGAUUUAACCGUAGUUCAACCGUUAGACCGUUAAAUACCAUCUACCAGUUUAGUCUCCAAUAUAGAUAUUUCGUGAUUGAAUCGUCGAUACGGUACGGUUUCAUGGACCAUUCUCUGAGGACGGCUGAGCCUGUUUGGUAGCGUCUUUUGAGGUCGUUUAGUGGUAGGCCAUUGGUUCACAUCGGCGGGAAAUGCACCAAAGGCGGGAAAUCCCAUUUCCGGCCGAAACGCAACUGACCGCCGUAGGAUCAUUCCUUCCCAGAUCCAACCGCCCGAAACUUCCCCUUUAUAUACAGAUUCCUCCACUGCUCCCCUAAUUCACGAAUCACGACUCGCUUCGCUUUUGCUCUCACUUUCGUAUUUGUUUUCCGAAACGUUCUCUCAUUCUCUCUCUUUUUCCACAAGCUGAAAGAGCUCUCGCGGAGUAAACCCUCGAUCCAUCGGAGUCGCGAUUUUCAACAGGGGGAGAAGUAAUCGAAUGGCGAGACCGUCGAAGCAGCAGUCGUCGGACGACGAUUCACUGUCCAACGCCUCCAAUUCGUCCGAAGAGGAGCCAAUCAACGACCAGAUCAACGACGAGGAGGACGAGGAGGAGCUCGAAGCGGUGGCGCGCAGUGCCGACGAGUCAGAAGACGACGAAUCCGGCGGAGGCGGCGCAGCUGCCGAUGAUGACAACGCCGAGGAGACUGACGAGCCCGAAGAGGAUAUGAGCAACAAUCAAAUUAGCAAGCGCGAAAAGGCUAGGCUGAAAGAGAUGCAGCGGCUGAAGAAAGAAAAGAUCCAGGAAAUCUUGGAUGCACAAAAUGCUAGCAUAGAUGCUGAGAUGAAUACUAGGGGUAAGGGCCGCUUGAACUACCUACUACAGCAAACAGAGUUAUUUGCUCACUUCGCCAAGCCUGAUCAUACUGCACCAAAGGGAAAGGGAAAAGGGCGCCAUGCUUCAAAAAUUACUGAAGAAGAAGAAGAUGAAGAGUACUUGAAGGAGGAAGAGGAUGGAAUGGCAGGAAAUACGAGGCUGGUGACUCAACCUUCUUGUAUUCAAGGGAAGAUGAGGGAUUAUCAACUGGCUGGGUUAAAUUGGCUCAUCAGGCUGUAUGAGAAUGGCAUAAACGGAAUCCUUGCAGAUGAAAUGGGACUUGGAAAGACUUUACAAACCAUCUCAUUAUUGGGGUACCUGCAUGAGUUUAGAGGGAUCACGGGUCCUCAUAUGGUAGUUGCCCCCAAAUCUACACUUGGAAAUUGGAUGAAUGAAAUUCGUCGGUUUUGUCCAGUGUUACGUCCUAUCAAGUUCCUUGGAAAUCCUGAAGAAAGAAGGCAUAUCCGAGAGGAUUUACUUGUUGCUGGUAAGUUUGAUAUAUGUGUCACAAGCUUUGAAAUGGCCAUUAAAGAGAAGGCUGCUCUGCGGCGCUUCAGCUGGCGCUACAUAAUUAUUGAUGAAGCUCAUCGGAUAAAGAAUGAGAAUUCUCUUCUUUCAAAGACAAUGAGACUCUACAAUACCAAUUACCGGUUGCUCAUCACUGGGACUCCUCUUCAGAACAAUCUUCAUGAACUCUGGGCUCUACUCAACUUCUUACUUCCAGAGAUUUUUAGCUCAGCCGAAACAUUUGAUGAGUGGUUCCAAAUAUCCGGUGAGAAUGACCAGCAGGAGGUUGUGCAGCAACUGCACAAGGUCCUUCGCCCUUUUCUUCUUAGAAGAUUGAAGUCUGAUGUUGAGAAAGGUCUACCUCCUAAGAAGGAGACGAUAUUGAAAGUAGGCAUGUCCCAGAUGCAGAAGCAAUACUAUAAAGCGUUACUACAGAAAGAUCUAGAAGUUGUUAAUGCUGGUGGAGAACGUAAACGUCUUCUGAACAUAGCCAUGCAGCUGCGUAAAUGUUGUAAUCAUCCAUAUCUUUUCCAGGGUGCUGAACCAGGCCCCCCUUACACCACUGGGGAUCACCUUGUAGAAAAUGCAGGCAAAAUGGUUCUCCUGGACAAGUUACUUCCUAAGCUAAAAGAGAGAGAUUCAAGAGUUCUGAUAUUCUCUCAGAUGACAAGGUUGCUCGACAUUCUCGAGGACUAUUUAAUGUAUCGUGGGCAUCUGUAUUGCCGAAUUGAUGGUAAUACUGGUGGUGAAGAUCGUGAUGCUUCCAUUGAAGCCUUCAACAAACCUGGAAGUGAGAAAUUUGUGUUCUUGCUGUCAACAAGAGCUGGAGGGCUUGGUAUUAAUCUCGCUACCGCAGAUGUUGUCAUUUUGUACGACAGUGACUGGAAUCCACAAGUUGAUUUGCAAGCACAAGACCGUGCUCAUAGGAUAGGUCAAAAGAAAGAAGUUCAAGUGUUUAGGUUCUGCACAGAGUAUACCAUUGAAGAAAAGGUCAUUGAAAGAGCUUACAAGAAGCUUGCACUUGAUGCUCUGGUCAUUCAACAAGGAAGGCUGGCAGAGCAGAAAGCUGUCAACAAAGAUGAGCUGCUUCAAAUGGUGAGGUUUGGUGCUGAAAUGGUUUUCAGCUCAAAGGACAGUACAAUUACGGAUGAGGACAUCGACAGAAUCAUUGCUAAAGGAGAAGAAGCAACAGCUGAGCUUGAUGCUAAGAUGAAGAAGUUCACCGAGGAUGCCAUAAAAUUCAAGAUGGAUGACACUGCUGAAUUGUAUGAUUUUGAUGACGACAAGGAUGAGAACAAGGUUGAUUUCAAGAAAAUUGUCAGUGACAACUGGAUAGAACCUCCAAAAAGAGAGCGGAAGCGCAAUUACUCAGAAUCUGAAUACUUCAAGCAAACAAUGCGCCAAGGUGGUCCAUCCAAACCAAAGGAGCCUCGGAUUCCUCGCAUGCCACAAUUGCAUGAUUUCCAGUUUUUCAACACACAGAGGUUGAAUGAGUUGUAUGAAAAAGAAGUGCGCUAUCUCAUGCAAACUCAUCAAAAGAAUCAGUUGAAAGACACAAUUGAGGUAGAUGAACCUGAAGAUGUUGGAGAACCAUUGACUGCUGAAGAGCUAGAAGAGAAGGAGAAGCUGUUGGAAGAGGGAUUCUCUUCGUGGAGUAGAAGGGACUUCAAUACUUUCAUUAGGGCUUGUGAGAAGUAUGGCAGAAAUGACAUAAAAAGCAUUGCUUCUGAAAUGGAAGGCAAGACAGAGGAAGAGGUUGAAAGAUAUGCAAAAUCUUUCAAGGAAAGAUUCAAAGAAUUGAACGAUUAUGACAGAAUCAUCAAGAAUAUUGAAAGAGGAGAGGCCAGAAUUUCUCGUAAAGACGAGAUAAUGAAAGCUAUCGGGAAGAAAUUGGAUCGCUACAAGAACCCAUGGCUCGAGUUGAAAAUCCAGUAUGGUCAAAACAAAGGGAAGUUGUACAAUGAAGAAUGUGAUCGUUUCAUGAUAUGCAUGGUCCACAAACUUGGAUAUGGGAAUUGGGACGAGCUCAAGGCAGCAUUCCGUACAUCACCUCUGUUUCGGUUUGACUGGUUUGUCAAGUCGCGAACGACUCAGGAACUGGCUAGGAGAUGCGAUACCCUAAUCCGAUUGGUGGAGAAGGAAAAUCAGGAAUAUGAUGAGAGGGAAAGGCAGGCUCGUAAAGAGAAGAAGCUUGCCAAGCAGAGUAUGACCCCAUCUAAGCGUGGUGGCGGCGGCUCGAGGCAAACUGAGAGCCCCAGCUCCCUCAAGAAACGCAAACAACUCUCCAUGGAUGAUUACCUGACCUCGGGAAAGAGGAGGAAGUAGCGAAACAAAGCGCAUUGGUCCACUAGAGACUUUCGGCGAGGAGUAGCCUUGGUGCUUGUGUCCUCCUUGACAUUGUUAGAUGAACUUCCACCAGGGCUGAUUUUUUAGAAAUUAUGUAUAGGAAAGCCGCAGAUUCUUCGUACUAGUCGGAGUAUACUCAUGUUGUUCAAGGCAUUAUCAGUCCCUGUAUCCCAAAUGUAAACUAAUCAGACCAUUAGUUGCUGUCUGCAACCGGUACUAGAUUACAAUCAGGUUUUAGAUCGUGCCUCCUGUCUGUAAUCCUGAAUAUUAUUAGAUUAACUUCAAAUUAUUAUGAUUUAGGAAUUGGGAUCCCAAUUUGCAGACAACUCUGUUCUCCAUAGCAACUGUGCAUCAUUAAAAUGUUCUACUCUCCCCCAUUCCACGACCCUCUGCUGUGAAGAUGAAUGCGAAAAGGGCCAUCCCACAAGAUUUCUUCCUCAGGAGUCAUGACGUUCCAAAGGAUUCGACAGCUAGGAAAGAUUCGACAGCAUUCCGUGGCAAAUAACUUCUCUGAAUGUGUUACAGAUGUUUGAUUUCUCUGUUGUUUCUGGGAUUUUGAAAGGUUAUAGGUGUAAGGUUUCUUCGUUGUUUCUGGGAUUUUGGAAGGAUCAUCAUUUCGAUUGCCCGCCAUGGAUGGAACUGAGGGGGCUCGAGAGUUCCUCCUAAUAGAGAUCCCAUUUUCCCUUAUCUCCAUGGCAUUUGCAUAACCAAAAUAAAUAAGAAGAAUAGAAGAGACAAAAAAGAAGACGACCCCUAAAUACACAAAAGAUCACAAUUACAUACAUCAUAUUCUACAACUAAAAGGACAGGUUCUUUUUUUCCUUUUCCAACAAAUGCUCUGAACCUCAUCAACAUAAGCAUCGACCACCUACAAUGACCCACUUCGUCAAACCUCGCCUUCUCUUUUCUAUCACACUCCCUCUGUAUCCAUCUUUGCCUUCCUUCAACCACAAGAAAUUGAAGCAUUCACG